AUGGCACAAGGACCCUCCGUUGUCGUUGGCGUGGACUUUCGGGACAACCUUCAUAUUGCAUGGGCUCUCAUGGACUCUGAGGAUGAGAUUGAAGUGCUAUCCACCUGGCCUGGUGGAGGCAACAGAACUUCAGUCAAAGUCCCCUCGUUGAUAGUCUACAAGAACAAAGUCCCUAGCUGGGGCUACCAGGUCGGUCUUUACACUGAGGCUUUUCGAGGCAUCAAGCUACUCCUUGAUGAGGACCAGGAGACAAAAUAUCCGCCGUCUUUGGCCUCCAAGAAGUUGCCCACCAAGUAUGGGAAAGAUGUCGUCCAGGUUAUUGCGGACUACCUCAGGCUCAUCGUUAAAUAUGCGGAGGAGGCCCUAGAGCGGCGCCUGGGAGUACCUUCCCGAGUCAUGGAUCUACGAUUCGUACUCACGGUUCCAGCUGUAUGGUCUGACAAGGCCAAAGACGGCACUUUACGCGCCGCGCUGAAAGCAGGCAUUGCCCCCCAAGACAUCUCGCUUGUGUCGGAGCCCGAGGCUGCUGCUCUUUACUCAUUACGCGCCAUCCAGCCCAACACAAUCGCUAAAAACGAUGUAUUCAUCGUCUGCGAUGCCGGUGGUGGAACAGUAGACCUCAUCUCGUACCAGAUCAGAAACUUGGAGCCUCUUGUCCUCACAGAAGCAGUGAAGGGGGAAGGUCGCAUUUGCGGGUCGCGAUUGUUGGACCAAAGAUUUGCGAGGAUGCUCGAAGAGAGAAUGGGUUCCAAAAGCUACGGUUCCCUGUCCGAGAAGUCAAGAGAAACUGCUCUACAGUAUUGGCAGGACCGAGUCAAGCCUAACUUUACGGGCAAGUACGAUGAUGACUAUGCAGAUAUUGACUACUUUAUCCAAGUCCCAGGAGCACAUGACGACUCCUCAGUGCCAAUCGAAGAUGGGUUUUUUCAACUUACCAGCGAGGAUGUUACGAGUAUCCUCGAGCCUAUCAUCAAGGAUGUCGAGUCGCUCGUUGCCGAGCAGAUGGAGGGCAUUAGAAAGAAGGAACUCCCCGCAAAGGCAAUCAUUCUUGUCGGAGGCUUCGGCGCUUCCGAGUUUCUUUUUCGCCGCUUGCAGGAAGCAAAUCCUACCGUGACUGUAAUGCAACCACCUAACGCGAGUAGCGGUGCGGUUCAUCGAGGGCGUGAUGGCAACCAGGUAGAGUCUCGCAUUGCUUGUCGCAACUACGGCAUUGGGUACCGUACGCGGUAUAUCGAGGGUAAGCACAAUCCUGACGACAAAGUGUGGGAUGAACUCGAAGAGAGAUAUCAGGUGGAAAGCCGCAUGGAGUGGUAUAUCAAGAAGUUCUCGACGCUGUCCGAAAAUCUUCCAAUCAAGAUGCCAUUCUAUCGUACAAUUCGGACAACUGAACUGCACAAACUGCAAUUCACAGAUGACCUAUUGUUCUGUAAUAGCGAUAAUGCACCUGAGACAAAGAACAAGGAAAUCAUGCGGCUAUGCACUUUGGAAGCUGAUCUCCGCGAUAUUCCUCAAGAGCUCUUUGUAAAAAAACGCAACUCUCAGGAUGCCGAGUAUGUUGAGGUUCACUUCGAUUUAGUGAUGAUCCCCACGUCAGCUUCGUUGUUGUUUGAGCUGGAGUUCAAUGGAGCAUCCUACGGCAGUGUCCGUUCGAAAUACUGA